AUGGAACCCUUUGAUCCACCCUUUCAACAAUUCUACAAGAACUUAUUCGACAACCAUUUCAUCGACCAAUCGUCUCCAAAAACCAACCAAAUUGAAGCUUUUCAUGAAGUAGAAGCGUCUGAGUUCGAGCUCCCAUUGAUCGAUCUAAGCCGUUUGAACCACGGUGGUUUCGACUGCGAACAAUGCAAACGAGAAAUAGCAGAAGCUUCACAACAAUGGGGGUUUUUCCAAGUCGUUAAUCACGGGAUUUCAUGGGAGAUUUUGGAGAAGAUGAGGCAUGAACAAGUGAAAGCAUUCAAGAAACCGUUUCACGACAAGGUGAACGGCAACGGCCACCGCGAGCUGAAUUUUCCGGCAGAUAGUUACCGGUGGGGGACUCCUUCAGCAACUUGUUUGCAACAACUGGCUUGGUCUGAAGCUUUUCAUGUGCCAUUGACUGAGAUCUCAACAGUGGCUGAUGCAGCCACCGGUCUUAGCACGACGAUGAAACAAUACGCGACGAUUGUUUCUAAUCUAGCAGAGAAAUUAGCAGAGAUUUUGGCUGAAAAACUAGGGCAAACAUCUGAUUUUUUCAAGAAAAAUUGUGUACCUAGCAUGUGUUACAUUCGCAUGAGUCGAUAUCCACCUUGCCCAGUUACUCCACAAGUUCUCGGAUUAAUGCCUCAUACCGAUAGCGAUUUCCUCACGAUAUUACAUCAAGAUCAAGUAGGAGGAUUACAGUUACAGAAAAACGGAAAAUGGAUCAAUGUUCAUCCAAAUCAAGAAACCCUACUUGUCAUUAUCGGAGAUCUUUUUCAGGCAUGGAGUGAUGGUGUUUACAAGAGUUUGGAGCAUAGAGUGGUUGCUAAUAAGCAGUACGAGAGGUUUUCAACUGCUUAUUUUCUGUGUCCAUCUUAUGAAACAGUGAUAGAAAGUUGUGGUGAGAGUUCAGUUUAUAGAAGGUUUAGUUUUCGAGAAUUUAGACAACAAGUUCAAGAUGAUGUGAAGCGAUUUGGGCACAAGAUAGGCCUUUCUCGGUUUAUUCUGUGAACCAAACGGACAUAAAUUUUCAAUUUUUUAGGGUUUCGUUUAUAUGUUGUAACGAGAAAAAACGAUGCGAUUCUGGGUCGUUUUUUACUUUGAUAUAAAUAGAAAUAAAAACGAGGUCGUAAAAUAGAAAAUAAAAGAUUGAUGACGUUUUCA